CCUCCUGAUACUAGGGAGAUUAUAACGGGCUCUGGCUCUGCCAGUACCAUCAUCCUCUUCUGUUAACUUGCCUUGCUAUCGAUUAGAUGGCUUUCUCCUCAGUGCAUGAUUUGGGAAGAAAUUAACAUGUUGUAGGCCUAAUGUUAAAAGCAUCCAUUGAGCAAUCACAUCAAGGAUCACGAUCGCCGUAAGAAGACGACAGGUCCUGAGAGGGACAUGACCAGGGAGGAUGUUGUGCAGGAGCCCUCGGAGGGACAGGGGAGGUACAGCAGCUCUUUGCCUUGUGUGGAACGGCCGAUCAUUCAUCAAGUGGCCUCAGCUCCAUUGCCCUCAGACGGGGAGUUCUCUUUCUUCGACCCCAAUGAUCCGAUGUGUAGGGAGGUUCUGCAGGACCCACAGACCAGCGUGCCUGAGCUCUUUGCUGUACUGAGACAGUGGGUUCCCCAAGUCCAGAAGAACAUCAGUCUUAUCGGCAGUGAGAUCCUGAAAAGAGGCUGUGGAGUGAAUGACAGAGAUGGCUUGACUGACAUGAGUCUGCUGCACUACUGCUGCAAGGCAGGAGCUCCUGGCAUUGGUGAUGCAGAGCGGGCAGCAGUCUUUGCUAAGCAGCUGCUCUUGCUUGGUGCUGAGCCCUCGCUCCGCAGCCGAUGGACCAACAUGAGUGCCCUGCACUACGCUGCGUACUUUGAUGUCCCUCAGCUCAUCCGUGUGGUGCUCGAGGCCUCCCAACCUGGAGAGGUGGAUGCCACCUGCAGUGACUUUGAUUUUGGCACUGCUCUGCACAUCGCUGCCUCCAACCUGUGCACGUCUGCUGUGAAGUGUUUACUGGAGCUGGGAGCCAACCCUGCCUUUCGGAAUGAGAGGGGCCAGUGUCCUGCAGACGUGGUUCCUGAGUCGGUGGACAUGCCGCUGGAGAUGGCCGACGCCGCAGCCCAGGCCAAGGAGCUGAGGGUGCUGCUGAGAGAGGCUCUUCCACGCCCCUGUACCCCCCUGCCCCUCUUGCCGUCCCUCCCGGCCGGAGCGCUCACAGACAAGGCCCGCGUCCAGCUAGCGUCCAUGGAUGUCUGCCUGGGGGACCGCGUUGUCGUAGCUGGACAAAAGAUUGGCACACUGCGUUUCUGUGGUAGUACAGAGUUUGCUGGUGGUCUGUGGGCUGGUGUGGAGCUCCAGCAGCCGGAGGGGAAGAACGACGGCUCUGUGGCCGGCGUGCAGUACUUCACCUGCCCUCAGAAACACGGCAUCUUCGCUCCCCUCUCGAAGAUCAGCAAGCCCUCUGAGCGACCCAGGGUUCGGCCCCGGCUAAGCUCCACACCUGUCCGGCCCCCGCGUCUCUUGGACGUGUCUCACGUCACCUCUAAGGUCAACACAGGUUUAGCAGCUAUUAAGCUAAAAGACACUUCUACUGAUGAAGACAAAGUUGAGUCUCCAGAAUCUCAAACAGGUGCUCUGUCCAGAAGUUGCUCCUCUUCCUCAUCGUCUCUGGACUCCAGAUAUGGCUCAGCAAUGCGGUCUCGGCCAUUUCCAUGGCAACGUCCACCACUGCGGCCUCGGCAGGAGCACCAGUCCCUUGGUCGCAGAAGCCCUCAGCCUCCAUCUCACCGGCAACCUCGCCAAUCCCUGAGCACGGCACCCCACACUGGACCGAGUAGCUGGAUGCCCUUGAGCGGAGGCCUGCUGGGCGAGGGCCCUGAGUUCCACCUGGGGGAGAGGGUACUGGUGGUGGGCCAGAGGACAGGAGUGGUGCGAUUCUGUGGCAAGACCAGCUUUGCCCCCGGGUUUUGGUUGGGCAUUGAAUUGGACAAACCAAGCGGAAAGAACGACGGCUCUGUUGGAGGUGUGAGGUACUUCAAGUGUCCCUCAAAGCAUGGGGUCUUUGCUCCUCCAUCACGCGUGCAGAGGAUUCACGGCUCGGUGGACUGCUUGUCUGAGCUGUCCUCCUCUCGACUCAGUCACCCGACGACAGGAAUACGCCGGAGUUUCAGUACAUCAACAGCCAUCUCCACACCUAAGGAACAAAAUCGUAAAAGUCCAGUCAGCAGGAACCGCUCAAGCAGUGUUCGACGUCGCUGGAGCACAGCGAGUGCUGGCUAUGGUAUGGAGGCCUCAGGCCGUCGCCCAAGCAGCACAGGAGGUGCCACCACCACCACCACCACCAACACAGCCUCCUCCAACUCGGACAAGAUGGUCAAACUCCACGUGGGCAUGCAGGUCCUGCUGAGCAGUGCCAGUGAGAUGGGCACCAUUCGCUACGUGGGCACCGCCGACUUUGCCCCGGGCAUGUGGCUGGGGUUGGAGCUGCGCAGUCCUCGGGGCAAGAACGACGGCUCUGUGGACGGACGCCGCUACUUCAGCUGUCGGUCAGGCUACGGUGUGCUGGUGCGUCCCAGCCGCAUCACGUACCGGGGCAUCAGUGGUGCCAAGCUCAUGGAUGAGUCCAGCUGAGCCAGUCUUGUCGACCAUCGUCCGCUAGAGCAAGGCCUUGCACUGUAGUAUGCUCUCCUUUUGUUUUGAUGUGAACGUCUGUGUGAGCCCUUCAUCAUUGUCUUUCUGUGCUGUUACUGACUAACAUGGCGAGACAUUCCUGAUAGAAUAGCACUAAGGAAACCGAGCACUACCUAUUAACAGACUACAGUGGAAAUUAAGUUUCUUUAAAGAUUAAAACGGUUCCCCUAUCUUCAGGUAUGUGCCUGUGCAAUAAUGCCCUUGGGGUUCCUAUUUUAGUAUUUACACUAGGAAUUAACUUUACUUUCUGAAAGAUAGCAUGACAAUUCCUGAAAAUGAACUGAUCAAAAUGAGUUGAUUUUUCUCUCAUUUCAGAGAGAAUGAGGUCAAUGAUUUAGUGCAUAUGAGAAUGAAGCUAAGCACUUUAUUGAAGAGAACAGAAACCUCGGAGUCCAAGACGAUGGUUUUGAAUGUUGAUGAGUUGAACACUAAGGAAUUGGAGAGGCAAUACAUGAAUGUACGGGGUUUCUGCACAGCAAAGGGUAUAUUUUUACACUGAUGACGGAGUGUUUUUGGAUAGUCUUGAACUCUGUUAAUAGUAGCAUUGCCUUCAAUUUAAGUGAUGCAUCAGUGUCCAUGACUGUAUAUUUUAUGUGGGUUUACCAAAUUCUUGCACUUGUGAAGAUGACAAUAUUGGCCAAUAGGGUAGGUCAUUACAUAGCACUUUAACAUUGCUAAAACAUUCCUGAACACACAUCGCUGACCAUCAUCAUCUUCUCUGCUCUUCUCAAACAAGCAGGCGAUGCUUCAGAAAAGUCCGAAAAUGUGUGUGAGUGUGGCUACUGUGACGCUUCUCAAGUCAUCGAAUGAGCUCAUUGGCUUGCUUUAUUUAGAAUGGCUUGUGAAGACGUCAUAAGUUGAAACGUAACAGUUAAAGUGAGGUUUGAAUGGGCUUGAUUAAGAUCCUGCCACCUUCUCUGGUGGGGGGGGGCAUGGGGGAGGGGAUGGUUCCCAUGGUUUCAUUUGUAUCAGUGUUGAAUGUUGGGUAUCUUUGCGUCCAUACGUUUAGGGUAUUUUGCAGGGUGAAGAUGGAAUGUUGGUGUGUUGUGGUUUUUACAAUUCAGUAAUAUUGUAAAGAAGUGGGUCUGUUUUGAUUUUGAUUUUUGUCUUGUUUGUAUGUCAUCAUCAGUUGCAAGAAAUUAAGUCCAAGGCAAUGGAACGUUUGGAGGUGUUAUUUCUCAUAUUGUAAAAAGGGUGUUUGUAAGAAAUAUCACAAAUAAAUAAACUAUCUUUUCCCAGCA